CUAGUUACAGUUACUGUUAUAUAUCGGUUUAUAAGUUAUAGUGUGAUUAACAGAAAGGUGUAAUAUUUAUUAAUAGAUUAUUUAUAUAUAUAAAUAUAUGACGAGGCCAGGUGUUAUAUUUUCCAGAAAAUCCUAAAGACAAGUACUUCAACUGACAAAAAUAACUCCUUAGGUAGUGAUGGCAGAGUAUGAUCCACAGUUAUUUGGUGAAAUUAGAAGCCUACUGUUACAGUCACAAAACAGACAUUUAGAGGAUAAAGCACCAAAUGGAGCCCAGCCAACUUUCUGGAUGUUUGUUUUACCUGGUGGACCUAAAGACCAUUAUAAUGAGGUCUAUCCUGGAAUUUUCAUUGGAGACAAAGAGAUAGCCUCAAACAUAGAAAAAUUACAGAAAGAAAAUAUAACACAUGUGUUGAACUGUGCUCAGGGGACCAAAUUCAACCAGAUAAACACUUCUUCUGGAUACUUUAAGAAUGCAAGGAUACAGUAUUAUGGAAUAAAAGCUAAUGACAUAUCAACAUUUAAAAUGGCUCCAGAAUUUGACAAGGCAGCAGAAUUUCUAGACAAUGCUCUAAAGGAUCAAGGCAAUAAAGUGUAUGUACAUUGUCAUCAAGGAAUUAGUAGAUCAGCUACCAUUGUUUUGGCCUUUCUGAUGUUAAAACGUGGUAUGACGUUAAUUGAAGCCUUAAAGACAGUACGUGAUCAUAGAGCAGUUCAUCCUAAUGAUGGAUUUGUCAAGCAACUUUGCAUUCUGAACCGAGAGCUGUAUGAAAAGCAAGAGUAAAGUGACUCAUUUUCAUCAUUUAUAUUUGUUUGAAGAAGAUGAAAAGAGAAUUGUAAUACCUCUAUUUCCAAAGACUUUUCUAGCAAUAACACCCUUUGUACUUUCUAUAAUGCUGCACAUCAUUAAUUGUGGUAUGCUUGCCAAUGAGACAUCUAUCCACCGAAAAAACAAAGGACAGGAAUGUAAACAACUGCAGGUCACAAUACAGCCUUCAACAAGGAGCAAAAUCCAUACCGUAUAGUAAGCUAUACAAUGCCCCAUAUAAUAUAUGUGAAACGUUACAUAUGACAAAACUAUUUCCUGACUUGGUACAGACAUUUUCUGGAAACAAAAUGUUGGGUUAAACAUCAGUUUUAGUGUAAAGACAUCAUAAACAGUCAGCGCAUGACCAUGACAAUCUUGUGAAAAGACAUCAUAAACAGUCAGAGCAUGACCAUCAUAAGACAUCAUAAACAGUCAGUGCAUGACUAUCAUAAGACAUCACAAUGAUGAUCUUGGGCAAUGUCAAAUUAUAAAUAUUUACAGGAUGUGGGGCCAUUAGUGAUAAUAACUGAAUAGCAAUAUCUGUUUAAUUAUCAUGAUCAUGUAGUAUACUAUCUUACUAUAAUGUUAAAUUGAAAAACUUGAAGAAAAUGUAUUCAAUGGACCAAAAAUGUACCUGGCUUGUAUGUGCUCUUUAAACCAUGUCAUCUUCAAAAUUAUGAAAGUCAUCGUUUCCUUGUAUGUAUGCUUACUCCUCAACUUUAAUACUUACAUACUUUGAACAGUGUCUUCAAGUUAUGUGAUAUUGUUUAGUCUUUAUCUGGUUUUAUUUGCCACUUGGUUUUAAGUUUGUCCUGCUAGUAGUCAAGCUUUUGCAGAGGCGGAUCCAGCCAUUUUUAAAAGGGGGUUCCCAACCCAGUAGAAAGGGGGUUUCCAACCAUAUGUUCCCAUUCAAAUGCAUUGAUCGUCGAACCCUUAGAACCUCCCCUGGAUCUGCCACUGCUUUGUGUUGGAUGCUGAGUUCACUUUUUUUACCAAGUUUUGUACAAAAACAAGUAAAAACUAGUUGUGUGAUAUUUUUAAUUUGUACAUAAUUUACUUGAUUAUAUAUUUAUACUAUUUAUACCAGUCAUCCCAAGAUAUCAAGAUCUUAAUAUACUAAAACACUCUCUUUGGCUGCUACCUUUCUGACUCCUCAGGAUUCAUGUCUUCAUACUACUUAGUAAUUAGAAUGAAUUCAUUUGGUAUGCUUUAUCAUUCUGACACCUCAUGAUAUUCAGGUCUUCAUAGUACUUUAUUAAUAAUUCCAUUUUAGAGUUGUUUUAUUUCUUUCUCUGAUUGUAUACAAUUGUAUUUUGUAUAUGUUUACCUCUUGUUUCACAUGUGAAUGUGACAGAGUGUUUUUAGAUAAAGCAUAUUGUAUUGUAUUAAGUAAUUUAUUUGAUAUGUUUUACUUUCAUUUAUCAAAGUAAACCAUAAUUUCUGAAUUAAAGUUUAAUAAUACAGAAUUAGUAUUAAAUUGUCCCAAAUUAUUGUGAUUAUAUGUAUUUUUUGUUUUUCCAUCUGCAUGUUUACCUCUUACGACCUAAUUCUCUAAUAGUGACUCCUGAUGAUGAUUUGCUAAGGUGGUGUUAAGAAACCAUCAAUCAAUCAAAGUAUUAAUCUUAUAAAGUGACAUUUAACUUGUUUAUAGCUGUGAUAUAUGUAUUUUGUACAGUAAAUUUAUUUUACUGUAUUUUUUUAAUGUAAGUUUAAAAUAAACUACUCCCAAUGUUUUAGUCUU